AAUCAAUCCGUAUCCCAGUGCAGUAGGAAAACAAAGACAGCAAUCGAUGCAAGAAAAUUACGUGGCCGUGAAAUGACGAACAGAGAAAGACAAUGUAACAACAACGAUAUUCCGACCCGGGCGGGACACAGAAGCGGACGCGUUGGAGCAGCUGUAGACAGCAUGCAUCUGAGCAUGGAGCAAUAUUUGCUCUGUUGUGUUGUGUGUUCUUAGCAAUGUGUGUUGUGCGCACGCGCUCGAAAUGUGGGUGGUUACUAACUUCCCAAAAGCAGUUAUUCUCUGCUUGCGAGCAAAUAAUUGACAUUCUCCACUGGGCAGGCACAGCACACCGCAGUGACAAAAUAAGACUCCUUGGAGGUAGAGGAAUGCAAAUCUGCAACCAUGAUGGAAGGAUUGAAAAAACGUACCAGGAAGGCCUUUGGGAUACGGAAGAAAGAGAAAGACAAUGACUCAACGGGGUCCCCAGACAGAGAGGGGGGUUCUCAGAGGAGGACCAAUGGAGCCACAAAUGGAUUCUACGGAGAAAUUGACUGGGAAAGAUAUAAUUCUCCUGAGGUAGAUGAAGAGGGUUAUAGCAUCAGACCUGAAGAUGAGGCAGACCAGGCAAAUAUCCCCAAGUCCCAUUUCUUCUCUUCUGAUGAGUCGGAAGAAGAGGAAGACCACAGGAAAAAGUUCAAAAUUAAAAUUAAGCCCCUCCCAGCUGAUCAAGUUGUGGCAGUGCCCUCGGUUGAAGAGCUCAAAGCCUCCAUAGGCAACAUUGCUCUAUCCCCUUCGCCUAUGAGACGUAGCCCGGGGUUGAAAAGGAACACCUCCAGUGAGGAGAUUGUCAGACCAAGACGUGUUGUUCCCACUGUGGCCCCCACACCUGUUCUUGCACCACAAGCUCCCAGCAGCCAGCAGACACCAGCCUCUGAAAUCACGACAAAUUUGUUUGGGCCUCCUUUGGAAACGGCUUUUGGAGACCAGAAAAUAGAAGCGGUUCUGUCUGAGUCUGAUGUGUGGGGGGCUUCUGUGUCAGAGCCUGAGUCCUCUUUGAAAAGAGCCUUCCCCACAGGAACUCCACCACCACUUCCACCCAAGAAUGUUCCAGCGUCUCCACUGACAACUGACUCUGCCUCUAGAGAUGACACUGAUGUAUCGACAGAAGCUGAGAACUCAACAAGAAAGACAUCCAUAGCUGACUUGGAUAACCUAUUUGGACCAGAGCAGGCUCCUCCUGCAAAUGAGGAUGCAGGUGACACGUGGGUGUGCUUCAAUGAGCAGUCUCCUAAACAGCCACCUCUACCGAAGGAGCUUGCACCUCCACUUCCUCUUUCCCCACCUCCUCCAGAGGAAGCAGCACCUCCAUUAUCAGCCUCCCCGCCUCCUCCUGAAUCUCCUGCCCCACCUUUACCUGUAUCACCACCUCCUGCAGAAGACACAGGAUCUCAUCUCCCAAAACCACCUUCUGCAAAAGAAGUUCAGAGUUCCCCUCUACCAAGUUCCCCACCACCGUCAGAGGAGCCACCCUCUGUCCCCUCAGGGUCUUAUACACCCAAGGACCGAAAUCUUUCGCCCACCACUCCGUCACUCCCUUCAACCAAGGAGCUUGCAGCAUAUCUUCCGACUUCAACCAGUCCACCGGUUGAUUCACCGACCAGCAUCCCAACAGCUCCCAAAGCAAGCACGCCUCCAUCAGUGACGCCUCCAUCAGUGACUUUACCCGAAAAGGAAACAGCAACAUUCCCUUUUCCACCAAUCCAGACAGAGAAUACAGAUGAACCCCGACCCAAAGAGGAUGAAGGUGAAAUCGCCCCUUCACCCAAAGACGCAAGCCAGGGGAACCGAACUACACCUCCACCGCCCCCUCCCCCAACGUACCGGACGGUGGUCUCAUCUCCAGGUCCAACAUCUGGGACGGCUGGUAUGAAAAGCGGUUCCUCCUCUCCAGUUUUGCCUACCGCUCCUUCAACCAUCAAUGCCACUCCACCUCCCCCUCCACCCCGCCCGCCUUCACGACCCAAACUUCCACCAGGAAAACCAAGUGUAGGAGAUACUAAUCGUCCAUUUAGUCCACCGGUUCAUGGAGCUAGCCCCCCUCCAAUUGCUCCUUUGGCCCGGGCAGAGAGCACCUCUUCCAUCUCCUCUACCAACUCCCUAAGUGCUGCCACGACUCCCACAGUCAGUAAAGACCUCUCAGUGUCAGAGAAUGACCAGCCAUCCCUUGUAUGGUUUGACAGAGGGAAGUUUUAUUUAACCUUUGAAGGCUGCUCCAGAGGGCCGAGCCCUCUCACCAUGGGGGCUCAGGACACGCUCCCUGUGGCUGCUGCAUUCACUGAGACAGUCAAUGCCUUCUUCAAAGGGGCCGACCCCGGCAAAUGUGUGGUGAAGAUCAUAGGUGAGAUGGUUUUGUCGUUUCCAGCGGGAAUCACACGGCACUUUGCCAAUAACCCGUCCCCCGCUGUGCUAACCUUCAGCAUAACCAACUACAAUCGACUGGAGCAUGUGCUGCCUAACCCCCAGCUGCUCUGCUGCGACACCGCCACGCAAGCCAAGGCUGAUGCCAAGGACUUCUGGGUGAACAUGCCAAACCUGAUAUCUCAUCUAAAGAAAGUGUCUGAGCAGAAGCCGCAGGCAACUUACUAUAAUGUGGACAUGCUGAAGUAUCAGGUAUCAGUGCAGGGUCCUGUGUCCGCUCCCAUGAAUCUGGCCGUGAGCUGGCGAUGUGAACCCACCAGCACAGACCUGAGGAUAGACUACAAAUAUAACGGCGAGGCUAUGUCAACACCAAUGGCGCUUAACAAUGUGCAGUUUCUAGUCCCAGUGGACGGAGGGGUUUCCAAACUACAAGCUGUGUUACCUCCAGCUGCAUGGAACGCGGAGCAGCACAGGAUCCUCUGGAAGAUUCCAGAUAUCUCACAAAAAUCUGAAAACGGAGGUGUGGGAUCUUUGUUAGCCCGCUUCCAGCUAACAGAAGGCCCAAGUAAACCAGCUCCACUAGCUGUGCAGUUCACCAGUGAGGGCAGCACAUUGUCAGGUUGUGAUAUUGAACUGGCUGGGCCUGGGUAUCGCUUCUCACUCGUCAAGAAGAGGUUCGCUGCUGGAAAGUAUCUGGCGGACAACUAACUCAAAAUUUGCACUGAUGAACAUAUUAACUCCAGCGGAUGGAGGAUGACACAGAGGACAGACCCACGUUCUUCAAUCACCCGCCCAGGACAACAGCCUACCCAGCAGUAUUGUGAAAUGUUCGUCUAGCAACAUGGAAUUUGGUAAUUUGAUAAUGGCAUUUGUAAUAAUGGUGUUAUUUAUUUACUGCUGGUGUUACGCACCUGGACUCUUUCCUUCUUUGAGGUGUCUGUGCCUCUGGUCAAAGUGCGGUGACUUUUCACUGCAGCUGCCUGACCAGCCAAGCUCUACUCUGGAUGACAUUACAGUAAAAAUUCUUAACUGGAGUCUUAUCCAAAAAAUCUGAAUGGUCCUAACUCACCUCAAGGACGAUGUUCAGUCAUUUAUUUACACAGAACAAUGUGAUAAUUUAUUGGUACGACAAAAUACUUUCCAAUGUGGGACAUUUGUCCACACAAACCAUGUACAAGCUUAAGCUAAAUGGAUAUUGUCAAUUUUUGAUGAGGAAUUUAUCAUGCUGAUCGACAAUGAGAGUGAUGCGCUGAUUCCGAUGCUCAUUUUAGAGCACUUCACUCGCGAUUAUUUUAAUAUUUGAUUUAUCUUUGUUAUUUUUUCGAUUAAUUGAUGAAUUCUUUUUAAAUAAAUAACAUUAUAUCCAAGUUUGCAUCCCUUUAUUAUACAAAAGCAGGUCAUUAUUCAAACAAAUUCAGUUCCUGGUUUAGUCUGUAUCGUGCCGUGUUAAGAAGGGGGGAGAAAAUGCUACACUGCACACAGGCUGGUCUGUACUUGGCUGCAGACUGCAAAGUCCGAGCUGUGGGUGGUCGUUUUUAGGGUUUUUUUGUGAUCGGCAUUGAAAGUUCUUGAUUGACAUGCCAAUCACCCAGUCAUCCACAGAAAUCAGCCGAUCAAUCAGAGCACCACCGAUAUCAAUGACUCAUCCACUGGUUCAAACAGAGUCCGAGUAAUCUGGACCGCAUCGAUGUAUUCAAAAUGCACUGAGCAGUGGGUCCAACUGCUCUUCUCUUUCUUUGCGAUCGUAGAGAUGUUGCGGCUGGUCGGCAGCUGCAAUGAGAAACUAAUCUGCUGGUCAUGACAUUUAAAAAAAAAAAGAGAAAAGUGUUUCCCCUUCCGAAUUAAGUGUUAAAAGUGUCAUUGAAAAUCUAUCUUAAAGGGCGUUUGAUGUUUUCCUUGUAUGGUCAUUUAGUCUUCUGUUGUUCCCAGGACAGCAAUGUUCACUCUAGAUUACAUGACAGCAUCUUUUUUUUUCCAUUCUUAACACGAUUUGUUGUAGAAAAUGUGAUUCUGUAUAUGAUUAGAUUUUGAACGGUAUCACCUAAUUCAGUCCGCUGAAAGGUAUAAAUAUUUCAAUAUUUCUUUUUGUUAUCUGUGUAGUUGAGUAACGUGUACAGUAUAACGUAUAAUUUUUUAAUUUGUUUCAGACCUAAUUUUUUAAUUCAAGUGCAACAGAAGUUUUGAGCUACAGUAUAUAUGUAUAUGUAUAUAUGGGUGGGUGGGGCCAAGUAACUUAAAACGCUUAAAUAUCAUCCAGGAUGCUGUUUUUUUGCUUUGUGAAAUCAGCGUUAACGUAGACUUAAAAUGAUCAUGUGAUAGGGUCACAUCGAAAUGCAACUUCAUGUUCAUACUGAAGGUUAGAUGAGGAUGAUGGAUGCUUGGCAUCCGUUAAGUCCGUACCAGCUGGCCCAUCAGUAAUCAACUCCAAUUUGAUAUUGUUAUGAUGACACUGGUUCAAUUCAGGCUGAGGUAGACGACUUACUGGGGUAAUUUCAUUCAUCUGCAUUCUCACUUUUCCUGUUGCUUGACCCUUGUUCACGCUACAGCUUUUGCUGUGCUUUGCUACUUUACUUCUCUCUUCAAAUGUGGCUUCCCCAAUUGCGUUUCAGGCACCAGCCUGGUCCUCAUGCCCUGCUUGGAUCCAUAGCUUUAUUUUACAUUAUUGUAAUGGUCUCUGUGAGAUGACAUGAUAAGGUUGUAGAUGGAGGUGAAGUUGACCAAAAUGCUUUGUACAUAUAUAUAUAUAAAUAUAUAUGUGUGCGUGUGUGUGCGUGCGUGCGUGUGUGCGUGUGUACUCUGUCCUUCAAGCAUCUGUGAAUGAGAAGAAGGGGAAUAUUUUUAAUGCUAAUUAAAAAGAGACAAAUAUUUUAUUGUUUAUUGGGGUGGGGGGGGCACUAUGCCGAUAAUGUCUAUCUUCCCGAGUGCUCUUUGACAGGCCUUUUGAACAUGAAGUGUGUAUGUAUGUAAGGUGUUGCCGAAGCCCACGAUACUUACUGUCCUGUAUGUCAAUAUUGUGCUAAAAACACCCAAAUGUGGUAUUGUAAGAUGUCGUAGAACCAUCAUAAACUGGGUUUAGAGCAACAAAGCAAUUGUCCUGACAUCAAUGUUCCCUAUAUUGUUGUUGUGGUUUUUGAUUUUUAUUGCCAGUGGGAACAAACAAACUAAAUACCGUUCAUUUCCUGUCUUACGUAUAGCUGACAGAAAGUUGUGAUGUUUUUGGGUGAAUAUUUGAGGCAAUCAGAGGAAAGUCUCCUCCGCGUUAUUUCCAAUGGCGCUCAAUGUCCCAUCAUGCAUUGGUUUCAAGUUCAUUCAAGUUGCCAGUCAUUUCUCAUGCACCUCAGUUUUUUAUUAGAAAAAAAUGGAACAUUCGUUUCCACACUGGAAAAAAAAAAAUUGGAUGAACUUGAAAAUUUAAAAACGAUAUCCGUCACGCCUAAUAGUUAUGAUUUGACUAGAAAUAAUUCAUUUCGUGCAAAUGUAUUGACAGCAUUCUUAUUAAAAUUUAACUUUAUGUAUUUACUGCAAUGGGUACAAAGUGGCUGACGAGUUAGCACCUCUUCAUAGGUUGUGUGUACAAAUCCACGGCUUUCAAGUUAAAAACUAAAAAGUUUAAGGAAGAGUUCAAACUGGCUUUGCCUUAAGAAAUUAGUUUAUUAAAAGUUUUAAAUUUCAUGUUACACUAAAUCAAUCAUCAGUCAAUGCUAAAAUAUUGGGUGUGACAGAUUACUUUAUUUUUUAAUUAUUAUUUUGAAGUUCAUCCAAUAUUCCAAUUUUUUUCAGUGCAUCUGUAAGUGAAUGUAUCCUGUACUAAUUCAUAAUUGCUUGUAGAGCAUGCAGAAAAAGCAGGGCCACCUUUACCUACAACUAAUUCUUAAAUGAUGUUUUGUGCCGUGUACUCACUCACCUGUAUUACUGUUGACCAGAGCAGUUUUUUUGUGCUGCGAGUAAGAAUGCUUUAACAUCAAACCAUGUGCAAGCUCAAUGCUAAAAUGGAAACUUAGUUUGCCUCCUUCCAAAACCAAUAAAAGUUUUAACCCCA